AUGGACCCACUUGCUCAGAGGGAAUUUGUGCAGAACAAUUUGGACUCAGAUCUUCAGUUCAUUUUGAGUGACUCUGGUGUCGCCCUUGUGCAUCAGGUAUCGAUUGCCAGGCACUAUGGAUCGCUGAGGAAAUUCUCAGCGCUUGGAGAUGACAGAGCAUCCAUCAGGACGUCUUGCCUUCAGGACUUUGCGUUGCCAGCAGAUUCACCAGAGAACAGAUCACAGAUUGCAGCGAUUGUUUCAGCUUGGGAAACUUCCAAAGAAUAUUUAGCUAAAGAGAUUGAGUUGAAGGCCGAGGCAAAAAUCUUGGGACAGCCCAGGAACCUUCAGAUUCAUGAACGUCAGGCCAUGCUCAGAGCUGUAGAAGCGGUUCAUGGUUCACUCAAUGAUGCAGAAUGCCCUGCAGCUGAUUACUUGAGUCUGAAGGCUGAGGAAACUGAGGCAAACGAACCGACAGCUGCACCGCUUGAUGAGAUUCUCAGCAAGCUUGCGUCCUCGAGCUCCUCAAUCCAAUCUACAGUUGAUGGCUCAGGUCACAUCCGGAUUACCCGGACCAAGACGAAGUCAAAGAUGCCUUCAACAACUGAAGAAUAUAGAAAGAUCUUGAAGGUCGAAAUGUAUUCCUGGUUGGCAAUGGCUUCAAGGUACAAGGCGAAACAUUGGCUUCACGGUCUUACAGCUGACCCUUUUCUCAGGUUUGUGGAAUAUAUCUUGGGAGAUAGGGUGUUUGGAAUACAAAUCCCUACUGGAGAAGGGAACCAACAGAAGGUGAAGCCCGAUUGGGCGAUUGUGCUGGCGUACGAACAGAAGCUCCGUAAGGAGGCUAUGAAACGUGUUUUGGAGGGCCACACGUUGGCAGAGGCAAUGGUUUCGGUGACGAAGGACGCCGAUUUGAAGGAGGCCUAUUUUACCACUCCUGUUGCAUUGAAAUCUGCAGUUUCAGAUGGUCAUGGCCACCCCAACAAGUUUCAGCGUUUCAAUUCCAAAGGAGGUUUUGGGGGCAAGUCCUCACCUGGUUUUUCGAAAGGAAAAGGCAAAGGGAAACAGAAGUCAAAAUCCAUGGGCCCUUCUGACCCUCGUCUUAAAGGACUGACUUUGGCUUGGAGGACACCGGAUGGAAGAGAACUUUGCUUUGCCUGGAACACAGGAGAGUGCGAUGGUUCAUGUGGCAGGAUUCACCAGUGUGAGGGUCUUUGCUUUGCCUGGAACACAGGAGAGUGCGAUGUUCAUGUGGCAGGAUUCACCAGUGUAGGGUCAAAGGUUGUUACUCUGACCACAAGGCGGUGGAGCACAAGCAAAAACAAGGCGCUUGACAAUCCACAGGUUCAACCUUCUGCUGAAAUUCCUGUGGUUAAGGUUCUUUACCUAUUUGCUGGGCGGAGACGCCAUUCGGAUGUUGGGGCCUUUCUCAAGCAGGCUGAAUCCAAUGGUAAGAUCAAGUUAAUUCUGAAGGAAUUUGACAUUGAACGUUCUCCGAUGCAUGAUCUCACAGAUGCAUGUGAGUGUGCAGCUGGUUCAGAUGGUUUCUUCAUUUUGGAACACCCAGAGGACUUGGGUACUGUGCAGGGCGAGCAGCCAGGAUCGAUCUGGCAGUGGCAGGAGGUUAUCUUGCAAGAGGCCAUUACAGACACCUUCAGCGAACACAACGGGGAAGAGGACUCCUUUGAUGUUCAUUCAUGUUGCAAUUCUGGCAUGCCCAUUCAAGUUGAAUGGGAUCAAGUGAACAGGGGUUUCAUUGAUGGCUUUGGGCUUUGUAGCCCUACGAGAUGGCGGCCUUCCCAGAGGGGCGAAAGGCGCACACCAGAGAUGCUGGAUUUGGCAAAUGCUACUUUCAAUAUUUUAUCAGAAUGCGUGGAUGCUUGCAUUUCCGACGUCAGGAAGGAAUCAUUCAGGCUGGUCACCGGGAAGAUUGAGAAGUCUCCUUUUGGUGGUGAGGCAUUAGCAGCCCUGCGGUCAAAGUUUGCUGCAUUACUUCCGGAUCCCCGUGAUGCGUUGGUUAUUGAUGAUGGUCAGCCUUUCAUGUUACGGGCUCUUUCCCAAUGGUUGAAAAAGUUCAAUGAUCCUGACGCCAAAUGGCUUGUGGAUGAGGUCUUCCCCGAGAAGACUAAACAUAGGAAAUUGGAUGAGUCGGAGUUUUCGCCGGUGGCAGACAACUAUCCAUCAGCACAACUAUCUUCAGGGGAAUUGGAAAAGAAGUUCCGUGAGGAGGAGCAGCUUGGAAGGAUGUUCCCUUCGAAGAUUGGGGUGCUGAAGCAGGAGUUCAAGGACAGGUUGAGGAUAGCUUCGAUGGCUGCUAUCAGCAAACCUGAUGGAUCAGUCAGGCCUCUUCAUGAUGGUACACACUCAGUGAAGGUCAACCACGAGAUCAGGUAUCAGGACAAGAUUCUGUGCCCUGGGCCACCUGAGAUUGCAGCUAUGGUUCGUGAAGCUUCGGAGUCAGGUGAAGCAUGCUUCUGCGUCAGUGCAGAUAUCAAGGGGAAGUUCAAGGCCCUAUGGAUUUGGGUGCUGGCGUAUGAAUUGGUUGGCACACCAUUUGGGUAUCAUAAGUUCAAGGGUGGAUUUUCUUCGGAGUUUGUCGGCUUCUGCAUGCGUUAUGACAUUGCGGAGGUGGGCAUCUCUUCAAAGAGAGGUGACUGGCUGGUUGCUUGGAUCAGCAAACUGGCAGAACAAAAGUUUGUGGUGGCUUCAAGAGAUUUUGUGGAGUUCCUUGGGCGGCUGAGCUUUGUUGCACAACUCCUCACCUGGCUGAAACCUCAUUUGGCUCCAUUGUUUGCAUGGUCAUCAGUGAUUGCCAGGAGCACAGUGGGCAGACUCCCUGAAACAAUUAUUGUGACGUUGAGGUACAUACUUUUGGAGCUGCGGGCAGAGACAUUCAUGGUUUCCACAAGGCGACCCAUUAAACAUGUGGGGGAUCAAUUUAGGACAGACGCAAAAUGCAGUGACGGGUUGGUCAUUCUUGCUGGCUGGGAGCUCAAGACCCGGAGAUGGUUCUCGUUGCGUGUUUAUCCAGGAGAUGCCCCAUACCUUUUCAAACGCAGUGGUGAGUCCCAGUGGGCAUCCACCUCUGCGGAGUUGAUGGCUACGAUGUUGGCUCUGGCAGCAUUUGACUGGUUGCGUGAGAGCAAACACCGGAAGUCUCUUCAAGUGGCCUUCCAUGCUGGCACAGACAAUCGUGCAAAUGAGGCUUUGACUUUGAAAAGGGCAACAACUAAAUGGCCGUUGAUGGCCCUGAACAUGCAGAUGUCGUCCAUGUUGUCCAAAGCUCGUCUUGGCCUGAAUCUCCAAUGGAGGCCGAGAGAAGAGAACACUGAAGCAGAUGAUUUGACGAACGAGCGGUUCGAUGACUUCGACCCGAAGUUGAGAGUUGAAGUCUCUCUACAGAGCAUGGAUCUUUCCAUUUUGCAGGCACUGGUUUUGGUACAUGAUGAGUUUGAAGUUGCAAAGCAAUCAGCGAAGGUCGAGCGCGAGCGUGACCCGGCCUCCAAGAGUAAGAAGUUUGAUAAGUCCCCUUGGUGA